AUGCUUCAGCAAAGCGGAGAAUUGAAGCGGCAUUUUCAAUGGGGAUGGAUGGCCUGCAGAGUGCGCGCGGCAUGUCUGUGGAGCAGGUGGUGUGUGCUGGCCUGUUUUGCCUGCCUGGCAGGAACAGGAGACCACUCUCUCGGCUUCAGCGUGAAGCCUCACGCACAGUACCUGGCGGUAGCGGUUUCCGACCGCUACAGAGACUCGCUGAAUGAGCUGGCACUUUCCGAGCUGGAGUCUUCGGGCUUUCGCAACAUCGACUUCGCCGAUGGUCGCUGGUAUUUUGAUGCAGGGCUGCGGCUUUCUGAUGCAAGGGCCUUGGCGGCGAUAAAGCACGUGGCCAGUAUUCGAGCGAUCGCACUGUGCGCGAACCUUUCGACAGCCAAAGAUCCGCUGUCGGCACGUGAGCUGGCACUGCGCGUCGAUGAGGCAGCGAAGUGGAAAGCGACACUGAAGGAACUCACCGCAACUCGCCGGUGUUCACCAUCUACCUUGCGCGUCGUUUCUCGCCGCUCCCUGCCUGCUGGACUGGAGCAGGAGCUUGAGAAGCUCCUCGUGCGACGGUUUGGCUGGAGAAGGCAAGUGCGAGGACGCAAGGCCGACAUCACGAUCCACCUAUGCGCGAGAGGAGGCAUGCUGCACGUGGAGGUGCCACUGCUAUACCAGGAAAAGGCUGUCCUGGGUGGCGGAUUGCCUCGUCCAGGGCUGGGGCACGUGGAGGCUUGGGCCUGUGCAAGGAGCCUGCAGAUCGAAAGCGGAGAUUUGGUCCUUGAUCCAAUGUGCGGAAAAGGCACGCUGCUGGCAGAGGCUGCUGUUUGGUGGCCGAGUGCAAAUUUUGUUGGCUGCGAUGUGGACAAGGACCAACUGGAUUGCUGCCGAAGCAACUUUGAAUGGUUGCAAAGAGAGGUGUCUCUAUACCACACCGAUGCUACCAAGAUGGGAGGGAUACCGUUCCAGGAUGGAUCCGUCGACAAGGUCCUCGUAGCACCACCGUGGAACCGGCAGUAUCGAAUUCAAGGGGACCCGGAGGUCUUCUACUGCAGCAUGUUCAAAGAGAUCCUCCGAGUGCUGCAUCCGGCUGGAAGGUUAGUUUUUCUGGGUGCAAGUGGGAAGACCAUCCACAAACUCGAGGUCGCCCUGCGGAAUGCGCAAAAAGAACAUCGCUGUUUUCGCAUUGUGUCGAAGAGGAGCUUCUUCCUGACUCGGUCCGUCACUGGAGUCAUGGCUGUGGCGGAAAACACUCCGUGUGAGAACUCCGAGGGCGCAGGCUGGAAAGCUCUGCCUUGGGAGGGCCAGGCUCCAGAAAACGGUCGUGACUUGUACAACCACUGGCGGCAUCUGCGUGCUCUGGCGUUUCCAGAGCUGCGGCCUGCAUCCGAGCCGAUUCGAGACGACAACGAGACACUUCGUCAUCGCCUUCCUAAAAGAUUUCUUGUACUAGUCACCGUACUCCUGGGACUGGCGGCUUUCCGCCGACAGGUGCUAUGA